AAACGACAGCCUGUGAUUGGAGAGCCGAGCUGAAAUUGAACCCGCUCCACUUAGCAGGUUCAGUUGGAUUUCCACGGCUGCUGCUCCGCUGGUCUUUGCCUUUUCUGACCAAUCUCUCAAAUCGGAUCAAAUUGUGGUGCAAAUUUGAACUCCACCUGUAACGUGACUUUUGGGGGAACCACGUUGCCAUCACUCCUGAGCCGCCGACUCUCUCACCACUUUCAUUCCUUGACUGUCACAUUCCUGAACUGAAUUCCUGUAAUUCCCCUGAGAAUAUUACAAUAUAAACUAUGGAUCAUAAGGAUCUUGUCCAGCAGGCCAAGUUGGCGGAGCAGGCUGAGCGCUACGACGAUAUGGCAGCUCUCAUGAAGGAGUUCACACAGCAUUCGGGAGAGCUGUCAAACGAGGAGAGGAACCUUCUAUCUGUAGCUUACAAAAAUGUGGUUGGGGCACGGCGGUCGGCGUGGAGGGUGCUCUCCAGCAUUGCACAGAAGACUGAGGAAAACCCCAAGAAGUUGCAGAUGGUCACCGAGUAUCUGAAGCUGGUGGAAAAGGAGCUGGGGGACAUCUGCAACGAAGUCUUGAAUCUGCUGAAGGAUUCUUUAAUUGAGAAGGCCUCAAAUCCGGAGAGCAAAGUCUUCUACCUAAAGAUGAAGGGAGACUACCUCAGAUACCUUGCUGAAGUUGCCAGUGGAGAAGAGAAAACGACUUGCGUCGGGAAUUCAGAGGAGGCAUACAAGAGUGCAUACGAUAUCAGCCACGAGCAUAUGGCCCCCACACACCCCAUCCGCUUGGGCUUGUCUCUUAACUUCUCCGUUUUCUACUAUGAGAUCAAAAACACCCCGGAGCAAGCCUGCUGUAUGGCUAAAAAGGCGUUUGAUGAUGCCAUCGCAGAGCUGGACGCGCUGAAUGAAGAAUCCUACAAAGACAGCACUCUCAUCAUGCAGCUCCUCAGAGAUAACCUGACAUUAUGGACAUGUGACAACGCCGCUGAGGAAGGCGAGGGCGGAGAGGGCGGAGAAGCCGGCGAAGCUGGAGAAGGCGGCGAGAACGAGAACUAAAAACAAAACCCCCCUCAUUGUGGGGGACAUCUCUUUCAAAAAAUAAUAAUAAAAAAAGAUGAAAACUUUUUACACAUCUUUCAUUCCUAAUUGCUCCUCAUAUAAACAUUCUACCAGUGAAACCCAUUACUGAAAAGAGCUGUGUACGGAAAUGAAAUCAUUUUAGCCUUUUCACGAUUCAAAUAUGGACAAAAAGAUACUGGAGAAAAGAGAAAUCUCCAUUCCCUCGGUCUGUGUUUGUAUUGACCUUUCAUAUGUGCGGUUUCUGCUCUAGAAAAAAACUGAUAGCUUUACUUUCUAUCAAAUUCCUUAGGUUUGAUUUAGAAGGCCAAAAAACAUCAGGCCCACCGCUGAACAACUGAAAACCUAAGUACCAUCAGCUGACAAGGUUCAGAUUUUUUUUAAGAGUUGAUAAUGUUUUCUAGAUUGAAGAACUAGAAUCCCUGAUCCUUUUUUUUUUUUUUUUUUUUUUUUUUUUUAAAUACAUCUGUCUCUACAGUUUUGUGGUACGCUUACAGCUACUGAAGUCCAACUUGAAAACGGAAACACAAGAUCCAUACUGCAGGGAAAGCCAGUUGGCAACAAUUGUCAUGAACCAGUCAAGUCGUGCCCAUUGGUUAAAUCUUCACUGUCUGCCAUGGUUGUGGUGCCACUCUUCACUGAAGCAUGUCUGUUUUGGGGGGUAAAAGGUGGGGCUUGUCUGACCAAAUACAGGGACCUUUGAACAGGAAGAAGACAUUUCUGUCAUGCAUGUCUUUCUAGAUAGUACACCGGAACAGGAGCAACAACCGUAACAAGUCCGAGUGUCCAGUUUAGUACUUUUCAGUGCAGGUUUGUCCACAUCCUCAAGAGGCUGUUUGGUUUGUCCGGUGAUUGUCAUUAGAGAUUUGGACCACUUGUUUCGCUAAUCAUCAACUGUAGUCCCAAAAAGCCCUGUGGAACUGUUCGAUUCCCUAUGUAUCAGCUAUAUAACAUGAAUAAAACCUUUUAUAAACAAA